GUUUUGUACCAAAGUAUGUCGGACAGUUCGGUGAUAAACUUGAAGCUGUUCAUAGAUGAAGAGAAGAAUAAGGUUGUAUUCGCAGAGUCGGGUAAUGAUUUCGUGGACAUACUCUUUAGUUUUUCGACAUUGCCAAUGGGGACGAUCGUUAGAUUGCUGGAGAUGCAUCAAAAGUCAGAGUCAGUAGCCAUAGGUUGUCUCAACAACAUCUAUGGAAGUGUUGCGAGUAUGGGGAUGAAGCAUUUCAGUACCGAAGCUUGCAAGCAAAUGCUUUUGUAUCCGGAGGCUACAAAGUGUUUCAUGUGCCCUAUGUUUGUGCGAAGCGGGCAAUGUAGUAAAGGGUACAACAAUUUCAAUACCUCCAGAUGUAGCUGUGGGAAUUUGAUGGAUGAAGUGAUACAGUUUCAAGGAGAAGGAGGCAGAGCAAGUGCAGGAAAUGGUACUGAAGGUGGAGUAUUUGUGAGGAGUUCUCAUACUUCAUUCAUAAUCACUGAUGAUCUGAAAGUGGAAGUUAACUCUGCUGGGUCAACACUUAAUGUUCUUAAAGAUCUUGGCUAUGCAGACUGCGGCAAGGUUAUUGAGAUGAUUCUCCAGGUUAACCUCCAAGAGGUAGCGACUUUGCUGGAGUGUUUAUUCACAUCAGAUACUCCAUUGACUGAUACGUUUCUCAAAAAGAAAAGCUCGUAUGGUAUGAAGAGGAUUCAUAAAACAACGACAAGUCCUGCCUUUGGUGAAGAUGGAGAGGAAUCAAAAGCUGACCAAACGAUAAUGCUGAAUGCAUAUGUUAGGAAGAAGGAAGGGAGCAUUAUAUAUGCUGAAUGUGGUGAAGAUUUUGUUGAUCUUCUUUUCACUUUUCUUGCUAUGCCUCUAGAAUCUGUAUGGGGAAUAUCGGGGAACGGAACCAUCCUUGGAUGCGUUGGAAACUUGUGCAAAAGCUUCAAGGACUUGAGUGUUGAUUCCGGAAGAGAAGCUUCGGGCUUUAAAUGUGUUCUUCCUCACUACUACAAGUGUCAGAAGCAGCUGCUUGAUGCCGUGACUACACAUAAGCCACCAACUUACUACCGUUAUGUCUCCUUCUCUGUGGAUCAUUUUAGGGAGUACUGUUUGUCUGAAAAUUCCGGUAAGCGACUCGUGUAUGAUUGGGAUAAACUCGUGCCUUCGAUAGACCCAAAAUCCGAAGGCAACAGCACUGGUGAAUCAAGUGGGUUUGUGAAGAGAGGGACAAAGUUCAUGGUGACAGAUGACCUGAUCAUUACUCCUUCGAACUCAGCCUCAAUCUUGGGAAUGCUGAAAGAUAAAGAGAUCCGAUUAGAGGAUGUCGAGUUUCGAGUGAUCAGUAUGAAAAAAGAAGAGGUCAUCAGACUAUUGGGAGCUUCAUUGGUGACAUUUUCUGCCUUAAGCACUGGUCUUCUAGCUAUGGAAUCAGCUUCAACAGGUGCUCCUGAAAGCCGUUUUUAUAAGAAGCCGAAGAUUGAGACUUGAGGAGCCAUGUUUAACCCGAAACUUCAAGUUCUUGCUAAAGUUGACAACCUUUUGAUUAGCAUCUGACUGUUUGAGUUGCUAUAGUAGUUUCUUGGACAUCUCUACUUUGUCUAAUAUUUUCAAAUUUUAGCUACUUGCCAUUUUUUGUUUUUUUAUGAGUCUUUGUAAGACGUCCAACUUUAGCCUAUAUGAACUAAAUAUUUUCCAUAUUUUUAAGGAAAGGCGUCGUUGACAAUUUUCUAA